GGUUCUUGUAAAGAUGUAAAGAGAACUUAAAGGAGAGUUUAAAAAGUUUUAUAGUACACCAUCAAUUUAUUUUAAUCCUGCAUACUUGAGUCUUCCCAUGUGUUGCUCAGGCAAGCUAACAUGGCUGAUAUUGAGAUGAAAGAGACUCCACUUCACCUAGCAAUACAGAAAGGACACAUUGAGGUCAUCCGUGUCCUGAUGGAGAAGAACGUCACCAUUGACAGUGUAGAUGUGAAAGGAAACUCAGUGUUUCAUGUAGCAGCAACUUCCAGUGAAGCCAUAAUCAAGCUUGUCACCAGGAAGUCAUCCCGGCUACUGAACACUCCCAAUGGGGCUGGUAAGACCCCUCUCCAUUUGGCCUGUGAGGGAGACAAGCCUGAGUGUGUGAAGGCUCUGCUUUGUGCUGGUGCUGAUGUCAAUGUUGCUGCCACUCAUGACUCCACACUUCCCAUCCAUAGUGCCAUGGCAGCCAACAGCACACUCUGUGCCAAAGAAAUCAUCAAUAUGUAUCCCAAUCAGCUUAAUGUAACGGAUAUGAAGCAUGGUGGAACUCCACUGCACUGGGCCACUUCCAAAGAAAUUAUCAAUGCAAUGGUUGAGCUUGGCUGUAUUGUCAAUGCCCGUAAUUUUCAUGGCCACACUGCCCUCCAUAAGAUGGUUGAAAAGAACAAAUUGCCAUGUGUCAUAGCACUGCUGAGCUGGAAUGCUGAAGUCAACAUUCUAGAUGAUAAUGGGAACACGCCACUCCACCUUGCCACCUCUCCUGUUGUGGUGCAGACUCUCCUUGUAUUUGGUGCAAACACAUCCCUCAUCAAUAAGGAAGGAUCAACAGCACGACACAUUAUUACAACUAGCAAUUAUAAGGAGAAGCACCUAAUGUUGUACCUGAUGCAUGCAGUGGGUGCCCCUCGCUGCCAGAUGAGACUUGCCAACUGCACAGAUGGCUGUUCUCCAACUGGCUCCUUUGAUGGAGUACCAACAGAGUGUUCCACUGUUUCACGUGCUAGGAUGACUUAUGAUGAUUUCUUAGAUUCUUGCCUACUGGAGCAAGCUAUCUCAAAUGUGCAGUCCCCUUUAGGGCUUGAAAGGGUGGGUGCCACAAAGAAGAAAGGUCGAGUCUUGUGUCUAGAUGGAGGUGGUAUUAAGGGCCUUAUCCUCAUUCAGCUCCUCAGUGCUCUGCAAGAGGCAGCAGGGAGGCCUAUCUUGCACCUCUUUGACUGGAUUGCUGGCACUAGCACAGGGGGCAUCCUUGCCCUAGCAUUAGCAAUGGGUAAGGAUGUUCGCUAUAUGCAAGGUUUGUACUUCAGGCUAAAGGAUUUAGUAUUUUUAGGGCGACGACCAUAUGAUGAAAAGCCCUUGGAAGAGAUCUUGAAGAAGGAGUUUGGAGAAGAAACUGUUAUGUCAGACAUCAAACAAGUCAGAGUAGUUGUGACUGGUGUGCUGGCUGACAGAUCACCAGCAGACUUGCACCUCUUCCGAAAUUAUUUAAGUGGAGAAGAGAUGCUUGGAAACCAGUCAGGAGGCUCUUUUGCUUCUACCAAGGCCCCACAGGAGCAGUUGGUGUGGAGAGCUGCCAGAGCCUCAGGAGCAGCCCCAUCCUACUUCAGAGCCUUUGGACGGUUUAUUGAUGGAGGACUGAUUUCCAACAACCCAACACUGGAUGUACUAACUGAAAUUUUUGAAUAUAAUACCACCUUGCUGGCCCUUGGCAGAGAGGGUGAGGCAGCACAGCCAGCCACAGUUAUUUCACUUGGAACAGGCCGCCCACCAGUGACGCGAGUUGAUGCUAUUGACUGCUUCAAGCCAGAGAGUAUGUGGAGCACAGUACAGAUGGCCUUUGGACUUUCUAAUAUUGCUAAGAUGCUCAUUGAUCAGGCAACAAUGGCUGACAAUCGCACAGUGGACAGAGCACGUGCCUGGUGUGCAACCUGUGGUAUAGUGUAUCAGCGACUGUCUCCACAGCUCUCCCUUGAUGUGCAGCUAGAUGAGAGACAAGAUGAGAUCUUAAUCAAUGCAUUAUGGGAAACUAUGGUAUAUAUCCGUAGCAUGAAGGACAAAAUAAACCGCCUGGCAAACUUGCUAACUCUUGGUUGCCCUUAGAGUUAAGAAUAAAGGUGUCUUAAAAGUUGCCAUUUGUAUUAGCUUCAUGUGGGUCAUUGUUUCCUGAAUCCAUGGCAUGAGGGUUGCAUAGUAUGCUGGGAGCAGGAAGUGGUACCAGUGUUUGAGUAGGAACUCCAGUAGAGACUACUUGUUUAUAUAACCACAUACUUGUAAGAUUUUCUUUAAACUAGUCAUUUAUUUUUUAAUGCCUUUCAAGAAUUUUCUACUUUACUUCUUGUUCUUUGUGUACAUUUCAUAAAAUUUCUCUUGAAAUCUACCCAGUAAAAUAUCUUAUUCAUGCCAAAGCACAGGAUUAAUUUAUAAAUUAAGUAAUAUAAAGCUAUAGUUGUUCAAUGUACACAGCUUGUUAUUACUGUGCAUAUAUUUUAAUAGCAUAUAUGGAUGGGCAUUAUUUUUGUAUGUUUAUUUUUAAGGGUAAGCUUUUAACAGAAUAGUUCUUGUGAAAUAAGGUGAUAUUUGAUUACUCAUUGGAGUUGCUUGUUUAUAUACAUUUAAAUUUAUUCUAGUAAUGAUUGUACAUUUUACCAGUCAGAUACUAUGUAUAGUCCAGUGGUUCUCAACCUUUUUGUCUCCAUUACUCCCCUUUCAUGAAUUCUCAACAUUCGCAUGGCUCCCUUUCAUUUUUCUCCUAAAUCCCACCCUACAUUUUCUCUCACACCCCACAUUGCACAAACAAGUACAAUUUCACACAUACAUACACAUGUACACACACAUUCAUAACAGUAUUAUGUAACUUGAAAUUUUUUUUUGCCAAA